UGUUGAAGAUUUUCUUGUUUUAUCAUGACUUUGGUUUCCCCUUUAAAUACUCUCGAUCAUUCUUCAGAGAUUUUAUUCAGGGGUUUGUAACAGGGUUUUAUUUAUACACCAAGAUUUUCUUUCAAUCGAAAAAAAAAAACACAACAUUUUCUUGAAUGUGUGAGGUUGAUGGUGUGACAGUUUCAGACCAGCAGCAGAACUGGAUUUCCAUCAGCAAGAUUUUCUUGAUCAUAUCCUGAUCAUUUUCAGAGAUUUUCUUUUUUCCGGAAAUGGGUUCCACAAAAUAUAAUAUAAACACAAAAUUGUUGACUAUUGCAAUUCUUGGGUUCUUCUUCGGAUUCUUAUAUUCGCAACAACAAGUGUCGGCUUACAGUGAAACCGACAAUCAUAACCAAUACAUCGCCCCUGCACCAGGCGGAAAUUUGCAGGCGACAACAAAAAUUGUUACAACAGAAGUGAGGGAUUUGGGUAAUACAGUUAGAGUUGAUCCUCUGAACAAUUUCAAGAAAUAUAGAGGUGGCUUUGACAUCAAAAACAAGCAUUAUUGGAGUUCUACAUUAUUCACUGGGAUCUAUGGAUAUGCCAUUGCAGUGUUUGGCCUCCUACUUGGUUUGGUGUAUGGAGUAACUUUACUUUCUACAGCACUGUGUUGCAAGACUAGGAAGACAGUUGGGAUCAAGAAAAGACAAUUCUAUUGUAGCUCUAGAUAUUGUUCUCUAUGGCCGGUUUUCUUGGGUACCGCCCUAACAGUUCUAGCCAUUGCUGCUUCAGGAGUCGUUCUUGGUGGAAGCUCGAAAUUUCAUUCGAAAGCAAAGACAAUUAUGCAUAUAAUUGUAGAUAUGGCGGAUGGAGCAUCAGACACAUUACAUAAUGUAACAGGAGCAAUGCGAAGCAUACCGGAUAACCUAGGAACAAAUCAAAAUAAAACUGGAACAUUUGUCUUCCCCAACUCUACAACUGAAAAGAUUGAUACUGAAGCUUCAGAAAUAAGAAGGCAAGCUAAGAAGAACAGAGAUAUGAUCGAAAAAGGUCUCAGCAUUAUGUACAUAACAACCACCGUAGUUGUUACACUCAACUUAAUUGCCCUCAUUGCAUUGUCUGUUGCUGGAAUUCUGAAGUUUCGCCGAGUAAUUUACAUGCUUAUUAUCAUUAGCUGGUUAUUGGCUGUUCUGUGCUGGGCAUACUUUGGACUGUACUAUUCUACAGCAAUGUUUCUCGGUGACACUUGCACAGCUCUUGAAGACUUCCAACUAGACCUUAAUAACAGCAGUUUGAGUUCAAUUAUCCCAUGCUAUGAAUUGCGUUCAGCAAAAUCAGUCCUACUCGAUACCAGAAUAGGAAUUUAUAAUCUCAUAAAUCAGGUGAAUAUAAAAAUAUCAGCUCUGCGGCCAUUAUUCUCCACAGAUCUAAAGCUAGUCUGCAACCCUUUCACGGCUCCUACAGAAUACAACUACCAACCAGCAAACUGUCCUGCGAAUACUAUCCAAAUAGCAGACAUUCCUCAGGUUGUAAAGAUAUUUUCGUGUUCCAAUGGGGAUUCCUGUAAAAAAGGGAAUUUCGUGUCUGCGAGUGAAGUGGGAAAAGUGGAGGCAUAUACAAGCUCAAUUCAGAACCUAUUAGAUGCAUUCCCUGGUAUGGAGAGUCUUGCAGACUGUCAGGUUGUAAAAGAUGCCUUUACGGAGAUCAUCACAAAACACUGCAAGCCUGUGAAGAAAUCUGCAAAAAUGGUGUGGUCGGCGUUGGUGGUACUCUCAUCUCUGAUGGUUGUUUUGGUUUCUAUAUGGACUAUAACAGCAUUUCAUGAUAGCAAACAUCACUUUGCUCAAGGCUCUAUACGACCCCAACUGGCGGGAACUAAAUCGGAGGAAUUUGAAUUACCAAAUGCAAGAAUCAACAAAUCAGAAUAUCAGUUGGAACCAUAACCACAACUCAUUUUUUCCUAGAAUAGAUGAAUACAAAUAUUCGAAUUUCGAAGAACCGGAGACUAGAUGCAGAGUGUAAAAGGGAAAAGUCAGAUGAUGAAAAGAAAACCACAGAGAGUUCGAGACCCAUAGGAAGGGCCCACCUCAGGUGUUUUUUCAUCAGUGCUUUAACCCAUCAGCCAUUAUUACCAGCAUCAGUCAUGGAUUCAAGGAUUUACACCCAUAUAUACCAUAAAUGCUCAUGUCUAUCAUUGAAGCAAUUGUAUAUAAUUUACUCACAGCAAUGUCAAAUUUUUUGCAGUCAAAGCAAUCACAUAAAUAUAAGAUCAAUUUUUGUUUCUCAGCAAA